UGCGGUGGGGAGCAGGGCGGGGGGCAGCGAGGGGCCGGGUGGCCACGGUGGAGCCGUGUUCCUCUCCUCCAGCUGAUCACCCUGAGCGGCUCGGCCCAGAUGGUCACCAGCUCCGGGACGAAGGGGAACAUCCUCACCGCCGAUCUGCUCCAGAUCUCCCCAGCACCCUCCACUCCCAGCCCCUCUCCCCGCUCCGUUGCAGGGGCCCACCUGAACCCAGCGUUCUCCCUCGCCAUGUGCCUGCUGGAGCAGCUUCCCUGGUGGAAGUUUCCCAUCUUCGUGGCCGUACAGACCUCGGGAGCUUUCGUCGCCGCCGGAGCCGUUUAUGCCCUCUACUACGACGCCAUCCAGCGCUACAGCAACGGCACCCUUGCCACCUCCGGCCCCCGGGAAACCGCCUCCAUCUUUGCCACCUAUCCCGCUGACUACCUCUCCCUCUCCAACGGCUUCUUGGACCAGGUGGUGGGCACAGCGCUGCUGAUCGUGGGCAUCCUGGCCAUCCUGGACACCCGCAACAAGGGUGUCCCCAAGGGCCUGGAGCCGGUGGCUGUGGCCCUGCUGGUGUUGUCCAUCGAGGUCUCCAUGGGCUCCAACUGCAGCUGCCCCAUCAACCCCGCGCGGGAUUUCGGGCCCCGGCUCUUCACCUACGUAGCGGGUUGGGGCGUGGAGGUCUUCAGCAGGGGCAAUGGGUGGUGGUGGGUGCCA